AUGUCUUGGCUAGUGUUCUGGCUUCCUGCCGUGAUCAUGACAGGGUCUCGGGGAUGCCUCAAAUGCAGCCCGGAAGCCAUGGGCCUGCUGGAAGAAGUCAAGGGUCCCUACCUGGACGGGAAGCUCCGUGGAGACACUGAACGCCGAUCAACACUGAAGAAUCUCCUGACGACCAGCAUCGAGGGCCUAUCGUCGCAGCCCAUGAAAAAGGGGAUAUACAUGGGUGUUAUUGAUGAGACCACGCUGCAGCUGCUCGCAGACCAUUUCAAACGCUCCAUGAACCGGAUCAUGGAAAACCAGUUCGAUGGUGGGCAGCUUUUCAACGAAAUCACGUGGAGCCUCCAGGAUCUCCUUGCAACUUUUCAGAAGCUGCAGAAAAAGUUUCAGAACGUCUACUGCAGCAAUAGUUGUGGUAAAAUGGAUUAUCUGUUCAUGAGCUGCUUCUCGUGCAAUACGCACGUAUACUCAUGCUGGAAGGGUUUCCGCUGUGGAGAAAGGAAGCUCAACGUGGAGGCCGAUGAAGAUCUGGUUCUGGACUGUGCUCUGCGGUGGCACAGAUACAACCACGGUGCAAGGACGUACGCCUUUUAUCGAAUAGUGGGUGACAAAGAACAGCAGAUGACAAACACGAUGGAUUCCUUCUUGAUGAAGAAAGAGGCAAAUGCAAACGACACAGGGAGAUAUCGUUGCAAAAUGUUGAGUUCGUCGGGAGAGACUUACAGCCAGAUUGAUUUCCAAGUGACGGUGGUACCAUCUGGGAAGACCACCUGGUUCCCACGGCCACACCCCACUCUGGAAGGUCCCAUUAUGAUGGGCGUGUCUUCCAGGGCUCCGCCUCCUGAACCAGACUGGACAGUUUGGAUAGUGAUUGGGUCCACAGGAGGGCUACUCUUCAUCAUUGUUGGCGCAUUUUUAUGGUAUUAUCGUCGCCAGAACGAAAAGGAGGAGGAAGAGGAGGAAUCAGGCAAUGACAAGGGAGAUGAAGAUGAAAGUGAGUCGUCAGAACAGGCAGAGAAAUGAAGCUUCCUCGCUUCUCCCGUUCCUCGUCCCAGAUCCUCCUUAUACUGUACACUCUUGUCUAAUCUUUAUUUUUCUUUAAAGCAAUAAA